AGGUCGUCACCCACAUGGCUUAUUAACCCACGUGGCCUACAAAGCCACUUGUAACAGAUUUGAAGUACCCCAAGCAACUGACUGAGAAGGUCUGCAUGCUCUGAAGCUGCUUUGUGGAUUGCAUAGUCAUUAACUAUAUGGCUAGUGUGAGCAGUUCUAACUCCAGCACCAAACGUAGGUGCCGUGGCCUUCUCUCCACGGUCAACUUCAAGAGUGUACAGCGUACGACCCCCAGUGGACCACCCCCUGGUAUUGAUAUGUCGUCCAUCGUACCUUCAGUGAGACCAUCAGGCCUGGGUCGGGGGAUCCUGAACACAGGAGAAGGUAGACGACGUGUUAAAUCAGCUACAUGUAGUGAAGUGCAUGUUGAUAACAUCCCUGCAUCUACUUUUGAGAGAGUUUUGCAGAAGAAAUUCUGCAGAGCUGGGCACGUAGAAGAAGUAAGAAUUAUUCGCUCAAGCAACAGCAAGACAACUUAUGGGUUUGUUCGUUUCUCUAGAUUCUCUGAGGCCGAAGAGGCCGUGAGGAUAAUGAAUGGAGUGUUGUUGGACGGUAAGCAGCUGGUCGUUACUAUUGCCAAGUCGAGGUCAAGGGCAACACAAGCAGUUUCUGAUCCAUUCUCAGCCACCUCCAGUGAAGGAGAGACACACUCGUCCAAAGAAGAGAUCAGACAAACACAUGACAAAGGAAGGAUCGUCCCUACCCUCUUAUCGAAGACUACUGUCCCUAGUAAUACGAAUUGUACCUCGAUUGCAAGAACCAAGUCAUAUAAUAAUGCAUCUCCUCCAACUCUGUCAACAUCGACUACUAACAAGAGCCCUGCACACAGUGACAGUGAACACAUUAUACCUGUGAUGACUUCACCUGUGACGCCACUGCCAUCACUGCCAGUAUGUGAGAAUGGAGAUUGUAAGAAAGUCAACCAAACACCGUCUUCACUAGAGACUGCUACACAACCUAGCGAUGCAAAGACUGCAGGCAUGCCACCACUGGAAGUAACAAGCUAUGGUAGAGGCUUUUCUAGGCUACUAAUCAGCAAAGAUAAAAGUUUGCUACAGCAACGAAAGAGCAGUGAUACUGGAACAAGGACAAUGAGUUCACCCAAACCUGGUCGUAUUGGUCGAGGUAAAUCUCUAUUGCAGCUAGUUCAACAACAUCACACACUACCACAAGAAGAAGAUGUAGUCUCAAGUUCCAAUGAAUUUUGCGAAACUACUAAGCCUGAACUGACACUAUCAGAUACAACAGAUUCUAUAGACAGUGCAUCAACUGAAAGAUUAGAAUUGCCUACGUUACCCCCCACAGCGGACAGCUGUGAGCCCCCUACAAUGGUCAAUAUUGAUGAUAUGGUGCCCCCUGAAGAGGACAUCCCUGAGCCCCCUACAAUGGUCGAUAUUGAGGUUAUGGUGCCCCCCACGGAAGACAGCUCUGGACCCCCCAAAGUGGUCAAUAUUGAUGCUAAGGUGCCUCCCACAGAGGACAGCUCUGAGCCCCCUACAAUUGUCAAUAUUGAUGCUAUGGGGCCCCCUACAGUGGAAAACUCUGAGCCCCCUACAGUGGCCAAUAUUGAUGCUAUGGUGCCCCCCACAGAGGACAUAUCUGAACCCCCCACAGAUGAUGAAGUACACCCUACCACAGUGGAUACUGAUUCGGCCAUUGAAGACCUACAAUUUGAACUGCCCAUUCUGGACACUAGCGACCUUUUGACCCUCCCCUCACAGUUGUUUGAGUUUAAUCGCUCCGAGUUUUUCCAGCUACCAACAGCUGCCAACGACCCACCUCUUUGUGACAAGCCAGAGAUGGAACAAUUUCUUACUGAGGGUAAAAUUGAAAUAAGAGAAAGUGAAAGGUCUCAAAGGAGUACGGACAAUAAUGAACAGUCACAUAAUGAAGCUUCACUAUCUGUUACGGAGUCAUCUCUCACUUCAAGUGGUAAAAAGAUGAUCAAAAUGGCGGCUGUGUUUCCAUCAUCGUCUACUCCCCUCAAAACCACCCUAGUUUCUAAAAUGCCUGCACAAACUGAAUUUAAUAACCAAGAAAACAUGUCUGAUAUUGAACAAGACUUACCAGUAAUGGCGGAAGUUGAGAUACAAAGUAGCAAGAAUGAAAUCGAUGAAAGUUUGAGUACCGAUGUUGUUGUUGAGGAUUACCAUGGAAAUUGCGAUUUGGUUGGUAUUGAAGGUGAUAUGGUCGACCAAGUGUCUGCUUUGUUAAGUAAUAAUAUCGAGAUUGGUUCUGUUCAAUUGGAAGUCGCUUCCGUAGGUAUUGUGCACAAUUUGGAUUUGGAAAUGAACUUGAGUUGUGCAGAGGAUGAGACCACCUCCCCUGUACCGAGUUGUGCAGAGGAUAAGACCACCUUCCCUGUACCGAGUUGUGCAGAGGAUGAGACCACCUUCCGUGUACCGAGUUGUGCGGAGGAUGAGACCACCUCCCCUGUACGCGUACCGAGUUGUGUGGAGGACGAGACCACCUCCCCUGUACCGAGUUGUGCAGAAGAUGAGACUACCUCCCCUGUACCGAGUUGUGCAGAGGACGAGACCACCUCCCCUGUACCGAGUUGUGCAGAGGAUGAGACCACCUCCCCUGUACCGAGUUGUGCAGAGGAUGAGACCACCUUCCCUGUACGAGUACCGAGUUGUGCAGAGGACGAGACCACCUCCCCUGUACGAGUACCGAGUUGUGCAGAGGGAGAAACCACCUCCCCUGUACGCGUACUCAAUGAGAUAGCGUCUGAUGAAGAGUCCAGUGAGGACGAAGGCAGUGGUGUGGGGACGAGGGGGCGUGGUAGAGAUGAAGUAGAGAAGUCCAUCGCCACUUACCAAAGAAACACACAUCGUUGGCAGACUGAUCUAAAGCGGCUUCAGAUGAAGAUAGUCGCCAUGGAGACAGGGCUGGAGGAACGUCACACUGAGCAUGCCCAGACUGAAGUCGGACCAUUAGAGGAGCUCUCUGACCAAAGGCAAAUAGAGCUGGACACCAUUGCACGACUGGAGUCCCAGUACAUUCUCAGGGAGGAGCAAACAAAGAUGAGUGCCCUCCGGAGACAGCAAACAUUGGAGACAAUUCGUGAGCAGUACAGUGGGGAUAGGACAGGUCUACUAGAGGUAUGUACACGCAGUGGGGAUAGGACAGGUCUACUAGAGGUACGUACACGCAGUGGGGAUAGGACAGGUCUACUAGAGGUACGUACACGCAGUGGGAAUAGGACAGGUCUACUAGAGAUUGAGCUGGCUAUUGAGAACGAGGAGGCUAGGGCUAAACUGGAGCUGACCAAGCUGAAACUGAAAGUGCUACAACUGAAAGAGGAGUUGUACGCAACAUUGGACUCAUAAUUUCUCCCAUUGCAGACUAUAGUGUUGUGUUUUUCCUAUGUGCAUCUUAUUAUCCCAAUAUCAUCAGUUGACAUUUAUAAUUGUGAUUCAUUAUUUUAUGUUUGAGGCAAAUAUUUACUCAAAAAUUGGUAAA